AUGGAGGCACAGGCCUUGAUGGCGCUGCAGGAAGCCGCUGAGUCAUUCCUCUGUGGCUUGUUUGGCGACACCUACCAGUUCUGCUUGCACGGGCGUCGAGUGACCAUCAUGGAUCGGGAUCUCAAGUUGUCUUGCAAGAUCCGAGGAUGCAGCUCAGGAUCCAAAGAGUUCGCCAGCGGAGGUGACAAGAAGGAGCCUGGGGCAGAGAGCUCGAGCCCGCCGCCCGUGGCGACGGCGCCACCGGAGCCGGCGCCCACGGAGACGGAGACUCCGACAACGCAGAUGACAGAGACGGCUCCCACCGCCGAGACCUUGCCGGCGCCCAUCUUCAAUUCUUGA